AUGGCAAGAUCCAAGGCAGCAAAGCCCGCCGACACUCACGUCUCGGGACAGUCCAACAAGCCCCUCUCCCAGCCGGCCCAUGCCUUGAGCUACCAGCAGCUCUCCGAGGAGCUCCGGGCCGACACCGACCACGGCCUCUCCGCCGCUGAUGCCAAGGCGCGCCUCGACGAGUACGGUCGCAAUGACCUCGGCGAGGCGGACGGCGUCCAGCCUUUCAAGAUUGUGGUCGCCCAAGUCGCCAAUGCAAUGACCAUGGUCCUCAUCUUGGCUAUGGCCGUCAGUUUCGGCAUCGGUUCGUGGAUUGAGGGCGGUGUCAUCACCUUUGUCAUCCUCCUUAACGUCGUCGUCGGCUUCUUCCAGGAGUUUUCCGCCGAGAAGACGAUGGAUUCGCUCCGCUCUCUGAGCUCUCCGACCGCCAGCGUCGUUCGCGACGGCGAAGCAAUGGUCGUGCCGUCCGGCGACAUCGUCCCCGGCGACCUGGUCGAGAUCAAGACGGGUGACACCAUCCCCGCAGACGUCAGGCUGAUCGAGGCCGUCAACUUCGAGACCGACGAGGCUCUGUUGACCGGCGAGUCUCUCCCCGUUCGGAAGAAUGAGGGUAGCACGUUCCCACACAAUACCGGCCCAGGAGACCGCCUCAAUGUCGCGUACAGCUCCUCCAACGUCACAAAGGGCCGCGCGAAAGGUAUUGUCUUCGCCACCGGCGUCUACACCGAGAUCGGCGCCAUCGCGUCAGCCCUGCGCAAGAAGGACUCCAAGGUGCGCGAGGUCAAGCGCAAGCCUGACGGACGCGCGAAGCCGCACCGCUACCUCGAGGCUUAUACGCUGACCUUUACUGACGCUGUCGGCCGGUUCCUGGGUGUGAACGUUGGCACCCCGCUGCAGCGGAAGCUCUCAAAACUCGCCAUGCUCCUCUUCGGCAUCGCCAUCGUCUGCGCCAUCAUCGUCCUCGGCGCCAACAAGUUCGAGGCGUCGCAGGAGGUCAUAAUCUACGCCGUUGCCACCGGCCUGUCCAUGAUCCCGGCCAGCCUUGUCGUUGUCCUCACCAUCACCAUGGCCGCCGGCACUAAACGCAUGGUCAAGCGCAACGUCAUAGUCCGCAAUCUCAAGUCCCUCGAGGCCCUAGGCGCCGUCACCGACAUCUGCUCCGACAAGACCGGCACCCUGACCCAGGGCAAGAUGCUGGCCCGCGGCGCCUGGCUGCCCGGCAUGGGCACCUACACGGUCGAGAACGCGACGUCGCCCCUGGACCCUACCACCGGCGACAUCCGCUUCGACGAGCGGUUCCCGCGACACCUCAACUUCAAGAAAGGCGGCGACGCGUGCGGGUCGAUUGUCCAGACCGAGCAGCUGUUGAAUAACAGCAAGGCAGCCCUUGCCGCCUUUCUUCAGGUCGUCUCCCUCGCCAACCUUGCCACGAUCAGCAAGAAGGGGGAUCAGUGGGUUGCGCGCGGCGACCCGACAGAGAUUGCCAUCCAAGUCUUUGCAUCACGCUUCGGCUGGAACCGUCUGCAUCUGACCACGGGCGAGACACCUGAAUGGAGCGAGAUCGCCGAACUUCCCUUCGACUCUGAUGUCAAACGCAUGUCCGUCAUAAUGAAGCACAACCCGACCGGCGAGUACCAUGCCUACACAAAGGGCGCCGUCGAGCGGGUCAUCCAGAUCUGCACAAAGUUCACCCCAAAGGACUCGGGAGAGCUCGCCGACGUCACGCCCGAGUUCCGCGAGGAGAUCCUCCGCAACAUGGAGGCCCUCGCCGGCCGCGGCCUGCGCGUGCUCGCGCUCGCGAGCAAACCCUUCGACAACGGCACGCCCGUCAAGGGCGACGAAGUCGAGCGCGCCUCCGUCGAGCGCGACCUUGUCUUUCGCGGCCUCGUCGGUCUGUACGACCCCCCUCGCCCGGAGUCCGCUCCCGCCGUCCGGCAGUGUCACGAAGCCGGUAUAUCGGUGCACAUGCUCACCGGCGACCACCCGGAAACCGCAAAGGCUAUCGCUGUCGAGGUGGGCAUCCUGCCGUCCCGCAUGGAGCGCGUCGCGCGCAACGUCGCCGACGCCAUGGUCAUGACGGCGUCCCAGUUCGAUGCCCUGACCGAUGAAGAGGUCGACAGGCUUCCGGUUCUCCCACUCGUCAUCGCGAGAUGCGCCCCCAGCACCAAGGUUCGGAUGAUCGAAGCCCUCCAUCGACGCAAGAGAUUCUGCGCCAUGACUGGCGACGGCGUCAACGACUCCCCCUCCCUCCGUCGCGCCGACGUCGGCAUUGCCAUGGGACAGUCAGGAUCCGAUGUCGCCAAGGACGCUUCGGAUAUCGUCCUUACCGACGACAAUUUUGCCUCCAUAGUUGCCGCCAUCGAGGAGGGUCGGCGGAUCUUUGACAACAUCCAAAAGUUCGUGCUCCACGUCCUCGCGGAGAACAUUGCCCAGGCUGGAACCCUACUCGUCGGGCUCACCUUCAAGGACGCGAGGGGGCUGUCCGUCUUCCCGCUCGCGCCCGUCGAAAUCGUCUGGAUCAUCAUGGCGACCUCAGGCAUGCCCGACAUGGGCCUCGGCUUCGAGCGGGCGGUCCCCGACAUCAUGCGCCGCCCGCCCCAGUCACUGAAGACGGGCAUCUUCACCGCCGAGUUCCUGGUCGACAUGGUCGUCUAUGGCCUGUGGAUCACGGCCCUCUGCCUCUCCAGCUUCUCGCUUGUCGUCUACGGCUUCGGCGACGGACGGCUUGGGGAGAACUGCAACGGGAGCUACAACGAGACCUGCGACGUCGUGUUCCGCGCCCGUGCUACAACGUUCGCCUGCCUAACGUGGUUUGCGCUCUUUUUGGCGUGGGAGAUGGUUGACAUGCGCCGCUCGUUGUUCCGCAUGCAGCCCGGGUCCAAGAAGUACUUCACCCAGUGGAUGAUUGACGUCUGGAGGAACAAGUUCCUGUUCUGGGCCAUUAUCGCUGGGUUUGUCACCCUGUUCCCGCUGCUGUACAUCCCCGUCAUCAACACCGAAGUGUUUAAGCACAAGGGCAUCUCGUGGGAAUGGGCCGUGGUCUUCAUCGCCGCGGCGCUCUUCUUCGGCGGCGUAGAGUCGUGGAAGUGGGCGAAACGGGUCUACUUCAGGAAGCAGAGCCGCAAGACACUGGGCGUCGCGUGGAAAGACAUGGGCAUAGAGCAGAGGGUGUUUGGAGAGUACCUCGGCGGCCCUUCCGAUGACGACCACCACACCGAGGUCGGCUACGAUGACCAUGACAUGGAGAAGGAGGGAUUGGAGAAAUGA